AUGGCGGCGGCGGCGGCGGCGUGGGGGCGGCUCCUGCGGGGGGCGCGCGGGGCGGCCUCACGCCGCGCCUGCAGCACCGGGGCGCGCGCCAGGGCCGCCUCGGCCGCCGCGCAGGAAUCACAAAGCUCAGGAAGAGGACGCUUUGUGCUAGAACAUGGUGCUCCAUUCUCUGCUUUUUUGAUGGACAGCUUUGGGCGGCACCACAAUUACUUGCGAAUUUCGUUGACUGAGAAAUGCAACCUCAGGUGUCAGUACUGUAUGCCUGAGGAAGGUGUUCAGCUUACUCCAAAAUCAGAGCUACUAACUGCCCAGGAGAUAAUCACCUUAGCCAGACUGUUUGUGAAAGAAGGUGUGGAGAAGAUCCGACUGACAGGCGGAGAGCCUCUUAUCCGUCCCGAUGUGGUGGAUAUUGUGGGUCAACUGUACAAGCUAGAAGGGCUGAAAACCAUUGCUGUCACAACCAAUGGGAUCAACUUAGCCAGACUGCUGCCCCGGCUGAAGGAGGCAGGACUGAAUGCCAUUAACAUUAGCCUGGAUACUUUGGUGCCAGCUAAAUUUGAGUUCAUUGUCCGAAGGAAAGGCUUUCACAAGGUAAUGGAAGGAAUCCACAAAGCCACUGAACUUGGCUACCAUCCUGUUAAGGUGAACUGUGUGGUGAUGCGAGGCUUCAACGAGGAUGAAGUUCUGGACUUUGUGGAUUUCACAAAGGAUCUGCCCCUGGACGUGCGGUUCAUAGAGUACAUGCCCUUUGAUGGCAAUAAAUGGAACUUCAAGAAGAUGGUGAGCUACAAAGAAAUGCUUGAUACAAUUAAACAGCGAUGGCCAGAAUUGGAGAAAUUACCCUGUGAGACUUCCAGCACAGCCAAGAGUUACAAGGUGCCACAUUUCCAGGGACAAAUCAGCUUUAUCACCUCCAUGUCAGAGCACUUCUGUGGAUCCUGCAAUCGGCUGAGGAUAACAGCAGAUGGGAAUCUAAAGGUGUGCCUUUUUGGGAAUUCGGAAGUGUCCUUGAGGGAUCACCUACGGUCGGGUGCCUCAGAGGAGGAGUUGAUUCAAAUCAUUGGAGCAGCAGUGGGCAGAAAAAAGAAACAGCAUGCUGGCAUGUUUAACAUUUCCCGGAUGAAAAACCGGCCAAUGGUCCUGAUUGAGCCUGCAUUGAUGUCAUUCCCACUAUGCCAAGAUGCCCUACAGAAUCCCCUAAAUUCAAAACAGUGGGGCCACACAUUUAGCCAUUGGCUGACUUUGAGAGCGAGUUUACCCAAACAAAAGGGAAAAGCAUCAAUGAAAAAUAAAUUCACAGGACAACUUUUCCUGCCAGGAUCUCACCCAGAGAAACAGCAGCACAUAGCAACAGGAAUUCUACAAACCCAGCUCCGAGGCUACUGUGUCUUCCAGAAGGACCCAAGCUCCACAUUUGAUACAAAGUGCCUUGAUGCUUCUGUUGGCCAAGUUCCUGUGGACUGUCAGUCCAAAGAGGUGUACUCAGGAUCUGAAUUCCUUACCAGGGAUUCAGGAUCUUGCACCAAGGUACCUCGUGCCUCUGACAACUUAACUCACACUGAUGAGGAAGGACGGGCCACAAUGGUUGAUGUUGGAGGGAAGCCAGAUUCCAGAAGAACUGCUGUUGCUGGUGCCGUGGUCCUCCUGGGUGAGAAGGCAUUCAGGAUGGUGAGGCAAAACCAGGUGAAGAAAGGGGAUGUGCUGGCAGUUGCCCAAAUUGCAGGAAUUCAGGGAGCCAAGCUGACCAGCCAGUUGAUCCCAUUGUGUCACAACAUCCCUCUGUACCAUGUUGAGGUGUCUCUGAGCCUGGAUGAGGCCAGGCAUGCAGUGGUGAUUCGCAGCUCCUGUCACACCUGGGGGAGGACAGGUGUGGAGAUGGAGGCUCUCACAGCUGCCAGCCUGGCUGCACUGACAGUGUAUGACAUGUGCAAAGCAGUCACUCAUGACAUCGUCAUCCAAGAGCUGAAGUUGCUUAGUAAGACAGGUGGGCAGAGGGGAGACUUCUCAAGGGUCUAGAUAAUAUCCAGAUACUUCCAGCCCUCCAAGUGACCACUGCACCUGUUCAGCCUCUUACAGAAGUCCUUUUGCUCAGCUGGUGGGCUUGGAGACCUCAGCAGGCGUGUACAGUGCAGCAGCCCCAUGCCUCCAGCACUGCCUUACUCUGUAAGCUCACUGCUGGGUGAACAGUGGAGCCACUUAGCCCUGUUGAAAACCAUGUGUAUUUCCUAGAGGACAGACUUCUCCAUACUGAUUUCAGUGUCCUCAUGAAGAGAUUGAGAAAAGAUUCCUGCUUAUACCACAGAGGUUUUUGGUUUAUGUUUUUAUUUCUUUGUGCUGUGAAAUACACCUGCUGUCAUCAUACCAUGCAACUGUGAGCUCUGGAAAUUAUGCCACUGCUGAAAGUGCUGUUAUUUGGCAACUAUUUUUAAGUCAACGAUUAAGAUUUCAGAAUUGUGAAUGCCCAUCUUUUCCCUGACCUCCUUCAUUGAAUAUAGAGGGUGACAGAAGAACACAGCUGGGGAACUUCACCAUACAGCAGAUAUUAUAAACAUGGAACAGUUAGUGUCAAGGUGCAGCUCCCAUCCCUAUGCAGUGCUACUGCUUCCCUUCACAGAAUCAAAGAAUCCCAUAAUGGAUGGGUCAGGUUGGAAAGGACAACAGUGGGUCACCUGGUCCAAAUUCCCUGCUCUGUCACCCAGAGCACAUGCACAGAGCUGUGUCCAGACUGGAAUAUAUCCCAUGAGGGAGCCUCCAUAACUUCUCUCAAUAAUCUCUUUCAGUGCUGAGUCACCUGCAGAGUGAAGUUCGGUGGAACUUCCUGUGCAUCCAUUUCUGCUCCUUGCCUCUUGUCCUAUUGCUCGGCACCACCAAGAAGAGCCUGGCUUUGUGUUCUUGGCAUCUCUCCCUUAGACACUGAUAUACACUGAACAUCAGUCAUCUCUUUUGGGUGCUGAAUAGGCCCAGCUCCCUUAGCCUUUCCUCAUUAGACACCUGCAAGUGGGAAAUAUCCCCAUAUCAGUUUCAAAAGAAAAAAAAAAAAAAAAAGGCAGCUGCCUAGUUUUCUGCCUUGUGCUCUGUAAGACAUAAUGCAGAAAGAAGAUUUCUGGGUUUGGAAGAAUUAUUUUUCUGAUCUGGAAGAUAUGUUUUACAAUGUUAGAAGCAUGUUCCAGCAUUUUGACCUUAGCACUGAAAUACAUGGAUGCUCUGUUUGCAUGCUUAAGAGAUUAAUUUGCCAUGCACAGAGGUAAGUAUUAAGCUCUCCCUAGCUUUAGAAAGGGAUGUUGCACCAAGCCCUAGAAGACUCCAAAUUUUUAAUGCUAUUAUGCAGCUCCUAGUAACCAGCAACCUGCAUACUCCUGACAGAUGAAACAGACUUUAAUGCUGGUGCGCACUUGGAAAAUUAAGGUAGUUAUAUUUUCUCUGCCAGAGAGUUUUCCUGCAUGUUUCUCUCUAAUUUAGUUUCCAUGAAGUCUUCUGGCCUUGGAGCACUUAAGUGUCCCCAUAAAUGUAGCAGUGGCCACAGCCACAUAGCAUUAAUUAGGUUUGGUAAUUAACUGUCCUACAUAAGAAAUUGCUCAGCAUUCUUGUUAGUAUUAAUGACUGCUUCUCAAAUGUUUAAGUGCUCUAAACAGGGUGCUAGUGGUUCUUUAUGGCUAAUGUGAAGCUGCACAUGAUUCAGGGUGCUCCCUCCAUGCACACAGGGUUGAAUACAAUGCUAGUAAGGUCAAAGACACCACCAAAAAUCAUCUUAAGCUCAAGAGAUUAAAGUACUGUGAGCACACCACACUGGCACACACAUUCUGCUCACAUAAAGUAAAGCACAGGUCUCAAAUGGGAGCACAAAUCUCAUACACCAGCCAGAACAAAGGCACUCUCCAUUGCAGGUGAAUUGAUUCUUCAUUGGUUGUCACUGUGAGAUAAGGUACAUAAAGUGAUAGACGUAGCAGCUAUAGCUGAAAGGGAAAGAAAUCUGGAAAGCUUGGUGCCCAGAAGCCAUAACUAUUUGUACAUCAGUGAUGUGGUUUAGGAAUGGUGUUCCUCAGUUUAGUGUACCACUCUCACUCACGCCUCCUUCCGUGUGGCAGGCUGGAAAGGAGAAUUGGAGUCACAGUAGGUAAAGAUCAUGGGUUCAGAUAAAAACAAUUUACUGGAAGCAGCAAUGGAAUAAAAAAAUGAGCAGUAGCACUUUCAGUCAUAGAGGGAACAGGCACUAAUGGAAAAGACCCCUUCCCUGGUCCCCAUAACCCCCCAUGCUGUCAGCCAUGCCCCCUCUUGACUCCUGCAAAAAUUACCCGUGUCCUGUCCAGAAGCAAGACAAUUUACAUUCAUUGUUACAUCUUGUCCUUCCCAGGAGUGUGGCUAGCACUGCCAUACUGACACCAACAAUCCCCCCCAGUCCUGCAAAUACAAGAGAUUGCAUUCAUCUGUGGAGCUGCUGUACCCAUAGCACAAAAGUAUCCUUAGCUCAGCGUGGAAACGAGGUGCCAGGAAAAGGAAGCACACAUGUAGCCUGCUAAGUCAACUGACUGACAGAAACACCUCCCCUCACCAUGCACAACACACCCUGCCCUCCCCCCAGGCUCUAGCUAAUCUUGAAAAUGAAGAAGAAACUCGAUAUACUCAGUAGUAAUAAAACAAUGCUUUGAACAGGUGAUUCUUUGGCUUCUGAGAAGUUUGCUGUCAUGAGGACUCAGGGCCAUACCAGGGACUGCUGAGCACACAGAUGAUCACCACGCACAUGUCGCUACUUAACGCACAUUUCACCACUUCCUUGGUUUGAGAGUGGCUGGAAGUGCACAGCAAACUGACUUUGGUGCCAUUUUAUGCUCAUGUUACAUUAUCAAGUCUUUAAGCUAUGCACAUUUAUAGGUAAUGAACAAACAUGAGUCAACAUUUUGUGAGAGAAAUGGGUUGAGAGUGCUCUGUGUUUCUGUGGUGCUGGGUGGGCCAUGGUGUAAUAUAUGUUGAUGAGCUGACUACUUUUUGGAGGCUUGCUUUUUUCGUCCACUGUAUUUUUAAUAAAUACUAGUUGCAAUAGA